AACUGGGGGCUGCGCGGGCAACGGCCUCCCGAACUCAAGCAGCCGAAGAGGUGGGGGGUGGGCAUAGGCGGGGACAGGGGAAAAAAGGCUAAGAACGACGCGCGCGCGCGCGCGCGGACCGUGGGGAGGGUCGUCAGCCGCGAUCCCCACCGAGCAGCGCGUCCAAAUCCGGGGAGGGGUGGAAGCGACUAGAGCGCAGCCGCUACGAGUGAGCGUGUCCCGGGGUGGGGGAGCCGAUUGAUCGCUUCGUCCCCCAGCCCCCUCCCCCUCGGGGGGGAAGCAGCAGCGCACCCCCCGCCCGCUUCCUCCGCCCCUGUCCCUCCCCCCAGGACCGCCUCUCCUCCUCCCGAUCGGCCCGCCCCUUCCCCCUCCUCUCCCUCCUCCCCGGGGCCGCUGCGGGGGAGGAGGUGGAGAAUGGAAACACCCUUCUACCAUGAUGAUGUGUUAAGCAGCUUGAGCGGCGGCAGCAGCACCAGCACUAGCGGCGGCGGCGGCGGUGGCGGCGGCGGCGGCGGCUUCGCCUCCUCUGGCCGCCUCUUCCCCCCGGCCGCGACUCCCUUCGCCGGCGGCGGCGGAGGCAGCAUGAUGAAGAAGGACGGCCUCACCCUGAACCUCAAUGAUCAGGUGGUGGCCACCCUGAAGGCCGCCCCGCCGCCGCCGCCCCACGGCGCCCACCACCUGCGCGGGGACGGCGGCGGCGGCGGGGGCGGCAGCGGCGCUGGAGCGGGCGCAGGGGCUGGAGCCCCGGCCGCCAACGAAGGGCUACUCACGUCUCCGGACCUGGGCCUGCUGAAGCUGGCGUCCCCGGAGCUGGAGCGCCUGAUCAUCCAGUCCAACGGGCUGGUGACCACGACCCCCACCAGCAGCCAGUUCCUCUACCCCAAGGUGGCGGCCAGCGAGGAGCAGGAGUUCGCCGAGGGCUUCGUCAAGGCCCUGGAGGACCUGCACAAGCAGAACCAGCUGAGCGGCGCUGGCGGCGGCGGUGGCGGCGGGGCAGGCGCGGGGCCAGCCGGAGCUGGAGGGCCGACCGGGGCAGCAGGAGGCUGUGCGCCCACACCAGGCGGGGCGGGCGUGGAGCUGAGCGCCGGGCCCGCGGCUGCUGCGUCCCUGGCGCAGCCUGAGCCGCCAGUCUAUGCUAACCUGAGCAGCUACACGGGCUCGGCGAGCGCACUGGGCGGCACCACGGUCAACUACAGCACGGAGACGGUGCCUUACCCGCCACCCCCCGCCGGCCUGGGACCUGGGCCCGGCCCGGGCCCUCCCCAGCCGCACCCCCGGCUCCAGGCGCUCAAGGACGAGCCGCAAAUCGUGCCCGAUGUGCCCAGCUUCGGCGAGAGCCCACCGCUGUCGCCCAUUGACAUGGACACCCAGGAGCGCAUCAAGGCGGAGCGCAAGCGGCUGCGGAACCGCAUAGCAGCCUCCAAGUGCCGCAAGCGGAAGCUGGAGCGGAUCUCGCGGCUCGAGGAGAAGGUGAAGAGCCUGAAGAGCCAGAACACAGAGCUGGCGUCCACGGCCAACCUUCUCCGCGAACAGGUGGCGCAGCUCAAGCAGAAGGUGCUCAGUCACGUCAACAGCGGCUGCCAGCUCCUGCCCCAGCACCAGGUGCCCGCGUACUGAGGGGGGCCGAGAGCCUAAACUGCCUGGAGACCCGGGGUCCGGAACUGGGGUCCCGGGGCCACCCACUCUUUGACUGACGGAGCUCGGGCGUCCGGCUCGGGACUGCUUCUCCCUCAGGGCGCAUGCUCGGCUGCUCCUCUUCCCCCUGACCCUCGGAGGCCAGGACCCAGACUCUCCGACAGAGCCCAGGCGCCUCCCUUGGGACAGGGCGCAUGCCUGGCCGACCCCUCUAUUUGACCACCCUCUCACCUCUUGGGCCAGGACCCCAUGACUGACCCCGGGCGCCUGGCUCGGGGCUAGAACGAGUCCUUAGGGCGCAUGCCUUAUGAGAGGAUCCUCCCCUUUCCCCCCAUUCUAGCAGCCCUCGAGCACACAGCCCGGAUCCCCGUUGCUCCCACCACCAGCGCUUCAGGCUUCCUCCUUGACCCACUCCACAGUGGCCUCCGGGCUGACUACGGUGGACUCUGGGCGGCGCUCCUGGGCCUUGCCAGGAAACGGGGAAGAGGAGGGGUCAAACUUAGGGAGCCUGGACUGGGGGUUGGAGACCCCACCUGAGAGAAGCUGUGGCGCGCACCGGGGCUAGACUAGCUCCCAGCCUGGGAGGCCCGAGCGCAGAAGACCGACCCCCUGUCCCCGGGAGCUCGCUGCUGGGGGGCUCCCUGCCCCCUGUUUACAAGCCCCGAGAGCGGCUAGGGCCGCUGCCGUCUAGUCUGUCCGUCAGUCCGUCCGUCCCUUUUUCUACACCCCUUCUCCCCAUCCCUAUCGUGUGUUCGGUUUGCACAAACCCGCGUCUCCCACCCGCCCUCUUUGUACAAAGUGUAAAUGUGACAUUUACAGAAUUUCAAGCUAUUUUUUGUUUGUUUGAAGUGUUCGAAUUGCCCUAUUUAUGUUUAUACUGGGAACAACGUGGUGGGUGGGUUUUUUUUUUAAAGAAAAGCCCCACCUCCAUUUUCCCCCUCCCCCCUUUUGCUAUUACUCCACAUUCCAGUAUGUAAUACUGUACUCUGACCUUCUGUUCAGUAAAGUAUUGUUACCACGA